AUGACUCUGUCAAACGGCACCACCGGCACCAACGGACACGGUACCGGCACCGCCGGCUACGUCCUUCCUCCAGCGCCUGAGCCAUCGCCGAUUUCACCGGCCGUCUCGGCCCUCUUCCCCGACAACACGAGCCCGAUUGUGAGCAGCACGUACGCACACGAGCCGCGGCCUGUGCGGGCCAUUUUCAUCGGUGCGGGCCUGUCAGGCGUGGCGUUUGCGUACAAGGCGCGGCUGGUGGAGCAGCUGUCGUACCGCAUCUACGAGAAGAACACGGACGUGGGCGGCGUGUGGUUUGAGCACACGUACCCGGGGAUCUCGUGCGACGUGCCGGCGCACGGGUACUCGUACACGUUCCGGGCGAACCCCGACUGGAGCCGGUUCUACGCGGGCGGCGACGAGAUCAAGCGGUGGCUGCAGACACAGGCGCGGGACUAUGAGCUGUACGAGAACGCCAAGUUCGAGCACGAGGUGCAGGGGGCCGUGUGGGACGACGCGCGCGGCGUGUGGACGGUGACGGUCAAGAACCUGGCCACGGGCGACGUGUUUACGGACGAGGCAGAGGUGCUGAUCAACGGCAGCGGGUCGCUCAACAACUGGAAGUGGCCGGCCAUUGACGGCCUGCACGACUUUGGCGGGACGCUGGUGCACACGGCGCGGUGGGACCAGGGCCUCGAUUUGGCCGGCAAACGAGUCGGCGUGGUGGGCUCGGGCGCCACGGGCAUCCAGGUCGUCGCGGCCAUCCACCCGCAGGUGCAGUCGCUCGUGUCGUUCAACCGCUCGCCGACGUGGAUCGCGCCCGAUUUUGCGUGGCAGCUGGCGACGGAGGGCCGCGCAACGCGGUACUCGGAGGCGCAGCGCAAAGAGUGGCGCGAGAAGCCCGAGGUGCUUCGGGAGUACCGGCGCAGCAUUGAGCACGCAAUGAACGCGCGGUUCCCGUCGUUUUACAAGAGCUCGGCGGCGCAGAAGCAGGGCCAGGCGUUUGUGGGCGCAGCGAUGCGCAAGAAGCUGGCGGGCCGCCCCGACCUCGUCGACAAGCUGGUGCCGCCGUUUGAGCUCGGCUGCCGGCGCGUGACGCCGGGCGACGGCUACCUCGAGGCGCUGGCGGCGCCCAACUCGACGGUCGUCACGGCCGGCAUCCAGCGCGUGACCCAAAAGGGAGUGGUCGACAACGAGGGCACGCUGCACGAGGUGGACGUGCUGAUCUGCGCGACGGGCUACGACACGACGUUUGUGCCGCGGAUUCCCAUUGUCGGCCUGGACGGCGUCAACCUGCAGGACAAGUGGCGCUCAGAGGGCGCGGCGGCGUAUCUGUCGGUGGCGGUGCCCGGCUUCCCCAAUUACUUCGUGGUGCUGGGCCCCAACUCGCCCAUCAGCAACGGGUCGCUCGUGGGUGCCAUGGAGGCGCAGCUGGACUACGCGCUGGCGUUUGUGCAGAAGAAGCUGCAGCGGCAGCGCGUGCAGUCGUUUGUGGUGACGGAGGCGGCGGCGCGCGAGUUUGACGCGUGGAAGAACGACCUGAUGCGCGGACUGUCGUUUUCAGGCAACUGCACGAGCUGGUACAAGAGCGGGACGCGGGACGGGCCGGUGGUCGGGCCGUGGCCGGGCUCGGUCAACCACUUUAUGGAGAUUAUCAAAGAGCCGCGCUUUGAGGACUUUGCAUUCAAGUUUGCGGGGCCGAACCGGUUCACGUACUUUGGCGAUGGACGGUCGCCCAAGGAGGCCAAAGGCGAGCCCCUCGGCUGGUAUAUGAAGUAG